GGCAGGAACCAGCCGAAUGUCAGCUUUCGGAUGCAGGCAUUAUUGAAGCUAUAUAUCUUCCAACGAAUGGAAGAGACCUUCGUUUCCGCUUCUUGGGAGUGAAAUACUAUGGCUCAUGAGAAAAUCGAAGCAAAGGCUGCCAACCGUUUGAAGAAGAGAUAUCACAGCCAAACACCGGAUGCCCGACAACCGCUACAGCUGACACCCUUGCGAACUGUCAAAGCAAUGCAGACAGGCAAUCAAGUGAUGAACGAAGUACUCGUUCAUGAUAUUUCGCCGUGGAGCACUUAUAACCGGCUCUUCAGCUUUCAUCUAGGGGACAACGAUCCGGUCAUUGUUGCGGAGGGAAAGGGGAUUUCUUUCGACCUUUUCAGCAUUCAGCAUUUCAAAAUAAUUGGGGACCAUCAAAUCAACAUGCUCAAGAACAUACAGCACCCGAACUUUGUGACAGUCAACGAAAUUUAUCAAACGCAAGAUGGGUGCUAUGUUGUCUGUGACCACAUGGCUCGAUCCCUGCAAGAGGCGAUAGGCAAUCCGCAUCUCGAUGGACCAAGACUGGCAGCAAUUAUUGGACAGGUAGUUCAGGCUCUAGUCUACCUUGAGCAGAAGGGACUCCGCCUUGAGCGCUUGACCUGCUCUCACAUCCUCCUGCACCCAAGUGGCAAGGUCAAGUUGUGUGGCCAAGAGGGCUCCAUCGUUUCCAACGACCAACGGAAUAUCAGGGAUCUUGGCUAUGUGAUGGUAGAACUGAUGGAGGGUUACAUGGAGGAAGGCGCGAACAUUGGACUCAAUGAUCCAGAUCGCUGGGGUGCCGAUGUGGUGGACUUCCUCAGCAUAACGACGUCAGCAUCAUCUGCGGAUGAAUUGUUACAGGUGUGCCCCUAAUACCUCUUCUUACUACAGCCCCUAAGUCUGGAACAGCAUCCGUUUCUACGUUCGUAUCGCAAAGAGAGAUUGAAGGGGCUGAUAGCACUGGUUUCGGCGUGGACGAUGCCGGAUUAUAAGUAUUUGGGUCAACGCUAGGCUCCAGAAACAUGCCUGAAAUGACUACAUAAC